AUGACAUCGAGACAUCAAAGGGCCCUGCGAGUUCUCUGCAUCGCCUUCUGCAGUAUAGGAUGGACGACCUUCUCUGCGUCAGCCAAGUCCAUUCCUUCGUCAGACGGUGAAGUCGACCCAUGCACCCCUACGGCACUGUCAGCACGCCAAGCAGAAGGAGAAUUAGGGAAGUCAACAUUGCAGUAUGAAGUUGCAACCGUUGGGAGCUGCAACAGGCCAAAAUGUGGAGAACGUUAUUUCAUCAUAAUUGAAGAAUGUCAACAUGGAACUGCACCUGCCCGUCUCAUUCCACGGCGAAACGGCAGUUACUGUGUUCGCGAAACUGGUUGCUACAAGGCUGUCUGCGGGAACGUCACCUCCAACAGCGUAUCUCUACCUGGAAUUGAGGAGAUCCGAGUACAGUUUCGUCAGGGACAGUGUUAUACAUUUCUCUUCAAGCCGAAACUCAAGGAAACAGUAGAAUGUGAGGGAGUAGUGGUAGGAGGUAUAUUUGCCUGCUACAACGCCACCGACACGGCAAAACCGGUGGAUGAAGGAAGCAGCGUGAGCACCAACACAGUAUUGUUCCUGACUUUUGGCUUGUUAGUCAUCGCCAUCGUCUGCGUCGCCGUCAGUGUCGCCAUCUAUCGGAAGAAAAAAACGGUAAUCGCGCAACAAGGCAAACCUGGAGAGAAAACUUUAAAAGCGAAGAGAGUUGUUGUGAUUCACGCCUUCGAUGACAGCAAGUUGCAAGAAAAGUGUAAGGAAUUGUGUCUUGCAAUCGGUGCUCACCUGGGAGACUCUAAAAACGUACAGGAUAUCUACCUGACGAAGGACCCCUCCCUCCUGCAGGACCCUCAGUCUUGGGUCACGGAAAAGGUCAUGGACACGGGCACUCGUCGGGGAGAAGAACAGGGAAGAACGAAAUUUGUUCUUGUUCUUUCUCCGUUCAUGGAACAUCUACAGAGAGCUUUGGACGAAGAAAAAGAAGAAUUUGAUUUCUUCGGUCGCCAGCCUCACCCGCGCGACCUCGUGCUGAAGACUCUUCUCCGCCAUCUUGCCACGCCCAAACUCAAGGCGGAUUACCGGCGCCUCUUCCUUGUUAGAUUCGCUGACCUCCACGAUCACCGGUCAGGUGACCUCCCUAACCUCGUCCCCGGGAAGAGGUUCGUCCUGCCAGGUCACGAAGGCCAACUCCUGGAAGCGAUAGGGUGAAGAGAGGUCACAUUCCACCGCGAAAUCUGUGUCGGUUGAUAGCGACUUAUGCUAUUAGAGAUUGUGCUGACUCUGCUAUUGUCAUGCGCGGUCUGUUGUUGAGAAGGCCUUGGGCGGCUAGUGGGCGAGUUUCGCUUCGUAAAGAAUCAAUUUUGCUUCGUGGUGGUUCGGUUUCGCUA